UUCUCGGCGACCAGCGAAGCGAACAGCUCGAGAAAGAGAGAGAGAGAGGCUUUUCGCAGCCAACCCGACCAACCAGCCCCGCCAUUGCGGAUCGCCCGAGCACCAAACCCUACCCUACUCAGCCCAGCGCAGCCACCAGCCUUCCUCUGCUUCUGCUGCUGGUGCCGGGAUUCCUGGUUGUUCCUCGCGUGGGUGUUUUUUUUUUCUCGGUGUCGUGCCAUCAUCAUCCAUGGAGGGCGGGAGGAGGGCGGUGAGGACGGUGCGGGUGCGGAACAUCUCAGAUCUGGCCGGGGAGCGGGAGGUGCGGGAGUUCUUCUCCUUCUCCGGCGAGAUCGAGCACGUCGACAUCGGAUGCGAUGGGGUGGCGACAGGGAGGACAGCCUACGUCACGUUCAAGGAUCCCAAGGCCCUAGAGAUCGCGCUGCUGCUGUCGGGAGCAACAAUUGUGGAUCGGGUUGUCAACAUAACCCCUGCUGAAGAUUACAUCUACAUCCCUGUUACUGACCAGCAACUUGUGGUCAGUGAGGUGACAAGUACAGCUCCCAUUGCAGAUUUGGACCAACCUAAUGAGGCCAAUUCCAGUCCAACUACUGGCCGUGUUUAUGUCAGCAAGGCUCAUGAUGUCAUGACAACUGUGAUGGCAAGGGGUUCAGCAAUGCGACAAGAUGCUGUGAACAAAGCUAAAGCAUUUGAUGAGAAACAUCAAUUGAGGGCAAAUGCAACGGCCAAGAUCAGUUCCUUUGAUAGGCGUGUUGGCAUUUCAGAGAAGAUAAACAGUGGGAUAUGCGUUGUAAAUGAGAAGGUGAAAUCUGUGGACCAAAGACUACAUGUUUCUGACAAAACAAUGGCUGCUUUGCUGGCUGCAGAGCGCAAGCUAAAUGACACUGGCUCUGCUGUGAAAACCAACAGGUAUGUGUCUGCUGGAACAAGCUGGCUAAAUGGUGCCUUCAGCAAGGUUGCCAAGGCUGGUCAUGUUGCUGGCUCAAGAACAAGAGAGAAGUUCCAAAUAGCUGUGUCCAAUCUAACAGCAAAAGGCCCUGCUGUUGUUGCUUGAGUUGCUGCGCUGGUUUUUGAAGCUCUUCUUCCCGGAAAAUCGAUCAUAAAGCAUUGGGCAAUCACCUUCACUUGAAUGUAUCGACAGUGUUGGCUUGUAACUGUGUAUUUCACUGUUCCCAUUUUUACUUCGGGGGAGGUUUUUCCGGUGAGCCAUGUCAGAUUUGGUACAUAGAGGAUCUCAUGUUUUGGGAAUUUUAGAGCCGUCAUUCUUUUUUAGUGUCGAUGUUAAAUUGAUUAUAGGUGAUAGUGAUAUUCUGGGCCAUGUUCUUGACUCGGUAUGAAGUAUUGGUUGUUAUUGAUGUCUCUGUGCUUGUGCCAACUUUGUUC